AAUGUUAUGCACCUGUAUCAAGCUUGUCUGCUGAUUUUGAAUAAUUGCCAAGAAAAUUGGAUCUACAUAAAUUUCUACCUGUUUACCUGGGUUGUGGUAGGGCUUAGAAUUGUAACAAUCUAACAGAUGAAUUGUGGUGGAAAAAUAGUCCUGUAGUCCAAAGUCUUCUUUCGUGGUACAGGUUUCAUCUAUAGCGUUGAUGGUGGUAACACAGUGGUUCACUGUCAAUUUGUCAGCUAACUGGACUUUUAUGUAACAGGUUAAAGUUUGGUGCACAAAUCAAGAAGCUAGUGUUCUCAAUAUUGAUAUGAAGGCAAACAUCUGCUGUGUCAAGUAUAAUCCUGGAUCAAGCAAUUUCAUCGCAGUACGUAUUCUUUUCGUUGGCUAAAACUGCAGUACCUUGUAGCAUCCUCUCUAUAUGUAGCUCCAUUUUCAACAGUUGAUUCUUUUAUUUUAUGUUAUAAAGAACAAUUGUUAACAGAGAAGGUUGGUUGCCACUUAUUGAGGGAUGGCUAGUUUCAAUAUCAAAUAAUAGUUAGCUAAUUGCUUGAUUAUCCUGCUUUCUGUUUAUCCUGACAUGCAUUUUUUUGGGUUUAUUUAGGUUGGAUCGGCAGACCAUCACAUCCAUUACUAUGAUUUAAGAAAUAUCAGCCAGCCACUCCAUGUGUUUAGCGGGCACAAGAAAGCCGUUUCUUAUGUCAAAUUCUUGUCAAACAACGAGCUUGCUUCAGCAUCUACUGACAGCACAUUAAGGUUAUGGGAUGUUCAGGACAAUGUUCCGGUAAGUGUUAACAUUUUAAUUCGAGAACAAGACUUCAUGCUUCAGUUUGUUUUCCCGUUGUUUUAUCUAUGUUUCUUUUCUUCUUGAACUUCAAUCUUGAGCUUUCUUUCUCCCUCUGCAAGCAAGUUUCCUGAUUUGCCUUUAUGAUUUAACCGUUAGAAUCUGAAACGGUGCCAAAAUUAUCUUCUGCUUACAAUGCGGCAGGUAGCUGCAAUUAUAUAUAACGUUCGUAACAGAGACAUCAACACUGCGUCUUUACUAAAUCUAAAAAACCUAUUUUCUGUUCUGUUGACACUAGUAACUAUUGUUAGUUUGUCACCGUGCUGUAGGCACGCCCUGGUGGCUGGCUUUACAUGCUUGGCAAUUGGCAGCCAUUUAGUCGUGUCUUUCGGUAAAAUAUUUGAGGGUUAAUGGUCGUUUUUUUCUUUUAUCUCUGCGCUAUGCCAUUUUAACAAAAGGGUUCCUGAACCAUGGAUUUUGACAAAUAUGUCACUGAAAUCAUUGUGUUGUUGAUAGUGCCGCAGAUAAAUUUUUUUUUUUUUUUACCACAUCUGUUCUUUCAUUUGAGUCAUUCAGUAUGUACUUAGGAAGCAUGAGCUGGUCCUUUCCGUAAAGAAUAACCGAGUGAUUAAAAAUAGAUAGCCAACUAGUACUAUGACUUAUUAGUUAAAAUUACAGUGCAUAAAUGUGUUUGUGAAAAUGACCUAGCAUAACACUAAGCAAUUCCACUUCCUAAUAUUUUAUUCAACUAGGGUUCGUGAAAAGAGUGUGUUGAGGUUUUCCUAUUUCAAUCUUUGCAGGUUCGUACAUUCAGGGGCCACACCAACGAAAAGAAUUUUGUUGGCCUCACAGUGAACAGCGAGUACAUUGCAUGCGGCAGCGAGUCAAACGACGUCUUUGUUUACCACAAGGUUAGCCGUCUCUAAGACCAGAAGAGCAUAUAAUAUACAAAUAGCUUACCCUUUUAAAACAUGCCUUUUGCUCUCUCUAGCCAAAAAUACUAAGUGUCAUGAAUGAAAUCAUAAUCUCGAAAUCUGAUUUCGCAGGAAAUUUCCAAACCCGUUACAUCUCAUCGAUUCGGUUCGUCCGAAAUGGAUGACCCCGAUGAGGACGCAGGAUCUUACUUCAUUAGCGCCGUGUGCUGGAAAAGUGAUAGUCCGACGAUGUUGACCGCGAAUAGUCAAGGUACGAUCAAAGUACUAGUUCUUGGCGCUUGAAAUGGUCUGGCGAUUGAACAGCAAAGAAAUGUGUAAGAGAGCGGCAGCAGUAUUUGCUCAUUUGUAUAUAACUUAUUAGAGAGGUGUGUAUGGAGCCGAGAUAUAGCUCGCUGGGUGGAGCCACGAUUCUUUUUCUGUGGUCAGUGAAAGCAUAAAUUAUCAAAGCCUUAAAAGUUAAAAUUAUAUAUAUAUUAUAGCUUGUUUAGUAGUCCGAAAUCCGAAUAUACCGAUUUGCCGCCAUGGGAAUUCCUGUUAUUCUAUAUUGGGCCCAUUUCCAACCCACAACCAGUUCAGUACUCAAAGCCCAAUUAAAGUGGCGAAAUGUUGGAUCUCGCAAGAUGAUGCAAUUAUGCAUCUCAGUAUUGGGUUGUGGAAUGAGAUUGUAAUACUUCUUACCGACGAAUGGUCGACAACUCCAAACUCCGCCUCGUGCCAAAUUGUCGAAUUCAACUCCGAGGCUUUGAAAUUACAAUACUUGAUUCGUCAACUUUAGGAGAGAGUUUAAGAACAUCUAAGAUGGAUGAGCACAAAUGUCAAUGGAGGUCUGGUGGUAGUUUAUGAUACUUGCAAUCACAACCGAACGGCACAUACUUCCUGUUGCUAGUCAUAGGGUAAAGGAGUAUGAACUUCACCUCCACUUCCUCAACAAUUUAAGAAAUAAGAACCAAACAAUUCAUUCAAAUAUACUUAUCUCAUUGCAUAUAUACACCGGGUUAUAACGAAGAAGAAAAAUACAACUCACAUGGUACAUUGUAUCCAUGGAUAGGGAAAAAAAAAAAUAGAAUUUACACAAUGUGAUUCACCAAACCUCUGAAGGUUAGUGAGUCAAGCUCAUGAGGGAUACAAAGCGCAAAAAAAUAAAGAUAAUCAAUCUUCAUAUCUUAAACGAAUUGGAGAAAAAAAAGAAAACGUAAGCAGCUCAGGACCUUCCUCAUUUCGUUCUCGGACUUGCAAGGUCAAGAAAAAUGGAGCCGCCCUUAUUAAACCCGAAGAAAUGAAAAAUUUUUGCAAGAAGAAUAAGCUCAGGAGAGAUAUCGUCGCACCAUCUAAAUCGUCGUCCUACUUCCACGCCCCAACCCGCCACCAUCCCAGCUGCUGCCACGGCUUCCACGGUCAUGAUCAUCAUCUCCAUCACGAAAUCCAUCUUCCAUCGCAGCAGAGCCAGGUGCUUCAACAGAAACAAGAACUAGCUGCUGAUUAUUGGCCAUUUGACAGAUGAGGGAGGAGAGCAAUAUGUGGUGUGGUGUGGUGUGGUGUGGUGUGGUGUGUACUGCUUAUAAUGGUGGAGAGAAAGGUUUUGACCUCUAGGGUUUUUCUCUCUUUAGCUGAACAGUUCCGGGAAAGGUGAUGGUGAGGGUUGUGGGUGGUAAUGGCAGUGUUUAUAUAGGCUGAGAGAAAGAAGGAAGGAAGGAAGGACUGUGUGUGGUGGGAACUUUGAAGGUUGAAUUUAAGGGUGAGGGUAUAAAUUAUAAUUGCCUGU